AUUAUUAUCAUCAGAGCUUUUGUUACCAAUUUUAAGCUCUGUGUUUUCGAUCAUUGGCCCAACCCCACAAAGAAAACCAUACCUAGAAAAAGCUAUCUGGGUUUCGUUUGUUAAUAUUUGAACUACUGAGCACGCGAUCGAUCAAAAAGCUGCAAUCUGUUUCCAAAAUUUCAUCAUUUUUCUUCUCAGUCAAAUCCCAAAGGAACAAGGUUGGAAUUAGUGUUUCCCUACAAAAUCAGAAUCUGGGUCGAUGGCUAAUCUCUAUGUCAAGGCUGUACCUCCGGCGGAUCUGAAUAGGAACACAGAAUGGUUUAUGUAUCCCGGUGUUUGGACAACCUAUAUUCUCAUUCUCUUCUUCGCUUGGCUUCUUGUCCUCUCUGUAUUUGGCUGCUCUCCUGGCAUGGCUUGGACCGUCGUCAAUCUAUCUCAUUUUGCUGUCACUUACCACUUCUUCCAUUGGAAGAAAGGGACACCAUUUGCUGAAGACCAGGGUAUCUACAACAGGUUGACGUGGUGGGAGCAGAUUGAUAACGGAAAGCAGCUUACGCGCAACAGAAAAUUCUUGACUGUUGUUCCCGUGGUGCUGUACUUGAUAGCCUCGCACACAACUGACUAUCAACAUCCCAUGUUAUUUCUCAACACUCUUGCAGUAAUUGUACUAGUUAUUGCAAAGUUUCCUCAUAUGCACAAAGUACGUAUCUUCGGAAUCAAUGCCGACAAGUGAAGCUCACAUCAAGAGAUUUUCGGUUCGACUUGCCAAAAAGCUUCUCGUCCUUCUUGCAAUCUGGUAAAAUGUUAUAUUCCUGUAUAGUAGUUGGGACUGGAAGGAUACUGAAAAAUUUGUAGUCUUUUUCUUUUUUUUUUUUUUUUUUUUUUUUUUUUUUUUUUU